AAGCGUCUUAUUUCAUGCAUUACUUUGACUUGUCCACACCAUAAUUAGCUCAACCUGCAUUACUAUCACCCCGCAUUUUUGGUGUCUCACACUCUCUCACGUACCCAUUCAAACCAUAUAAAUACAAUCCAAAACCAUUGCAUUAUCAUUUAUCUAACAUGCAAUUCACCACCCAACAUGAACACAACAAUAACCCCUACCAACAUCCUCCUUCUCGAUCUUCUCCUUCUUCACCUCUCCUGCAUCCUGUGUCCCAACAACGUCGCCUCGGACGACACCGUCCCGAUCCCUCCCAACAAGGACCAAGUCAACAGCUGGUUCAGGGCCAACGUCCUGCCCCUCGAGGCGCGAAAUGACGACCUCGACCCUGCCCUGGCCAGGGCCGAGGCCAACAUCACGCGCAUCAGGGUCAGCUGCCGCGGGGGAGGGGAUUUCGGGACCAUUUCCGAGGCGGUGGACAGCAUUCCGGCGGGGAACGCGCGGCGGGUGAUCGUUUCGGUCGCCGGCGGGACGUAUAGGGAGAGGGUGAAGAUCGAGAGGGAGAAGCCGUUCGUGAUGCUGUACGGCGACCCUGAGGAUAGGCCGACCAUUGUUUUUGAUAGCACUGCGGCUAAGGAUGGGACUGUGUACAGUGCCACUCUGUACGUUUUAUCGGAUUACUUCAGUGCAGUUAAUAUUGACAUUGUGAACUCGGCUCCAAGACCAGAUGGAAAAUCGCAAGGGGCGCAGGCGGUGGCGGUGACCCAGAGCGGGGACAAGGCUUCGUACUAUAAUUUCUCUCUAUGUGGUGCGUGCACACAAUCAAUACUGAACACGGAACUGCACGUGAUCGAAGGCGAUAACAUGGCAGUGAUAACAGCACAAGCCAGACACGCGAGCACAGAGGACACUGGGUACUCUUUUGCACAUUGCAAAGUUACCGGAAAAGGGACCGGAGGGUUACUUGGGAGAGGAUGGAUGCCCUUUUCAAGGGUCAUCAUAUCCUACACUGAGAUCGGCAAUGCGAUUAAAUCGGAGGGAUGGAUCGGGAUGAAAGGCAAGCCCGAGGACGGAGGCGAGGACAUUAAGCACUGGACAGCGAGGUCUUUAAGCACUGGACAGCAAUUCAAGGACGGGACGUUAUGUACAGGGCUGCAAGGACAUUACGCACUGAGCUGCGAGUGUGAGGCCUUCACCGGCACUCGUUCUCCACUCAAAAAGAUGAAGCGUUUGUCGGCGGCCUCACUAAUCAUCAUCGUCCUCGCCGCCGCCUUCUCCGCCGCCGCAAAUGCCUUCAACAUCACCCAAAUCCUCGCCAAGCACCCAGAGUUCUCCACUUUCAACCACUACCUCACCGUGACACACCUCGCCGGCGAGAUCAACCGCCGCAUGACCAUCACCGUCUGCGCCGUGGACAACGCCGGAAUGGCCUCCCUUCUCGACAAGCACUUCACCCUCUCCACCAUCAAGAACAUCCUCUCCCUCCACGUCUUCUCCGACUACUUCGGAUCCCAGAAGCUCCACCAGCUCAACAAGGGCACCACCCUCACCUCCACCAUCUACCAGGCCACCGGCGACGCCCCCGGCACCGCCGGAUUCGUCAACAUCACCACCCUCAAGGGCGGAAAGGUCGGGUUCGCGCCGGAGGACAACGACGGCCACUUCACCUCCACCUACGUCAAAUCCAUCUCCGACGACCCGUACAAAAUCGCCGUCCUCCAGAUCAGCCACCCCAUCAUUUCAGACGCGGCGGAAGCUCCGGCGGCCGGCCCGUCCGACGUGAACAUCACGACCCUGCUGACCAAACAGGGAUGCAAGGAAUUCGCAGAUCUGUUGAAGAGCUCAGGGGCAGAGGAAACCUUCGCCGCAAGUGCCCAAUCCGGGCUAACGGUUUUCUGCCCGGACGACAAAUCGGUCCGAGGAUUCAUGCCGAAAUACAAGAAUCUGACCAAGGAGCACAAGCUAUGGCUUCUUUAUUUCCACGGCGUCCCGAUCUACCACUCCCUGGAGAUGCUGAAAUCCAACAAUGGGGUAAUGAACACCCUGGCCACGGAAGGGUCAAAUAAGUACGAUUUCACCGUCAAAAACGACGGCGACACCGUGAAUCUUGACACCGCGGUCGUGGUCGCGACGGUCACCGGGACGGUGUACGACCAGGAGCCCCUGGCGGUGUUCAAGGUGGACAAAGUUUUGCAGCCGAGAAAGCUUUUCAAGGCGGUGGCAGAGGAAGCUCCGGCGCCCAAAGGGUCGAAGGGAAAGAAAAAGAAGAGCGCCGACGGAGGGAAAAAAUCCGGCGGCGGAGAAGACGACGCAGAAUCGCCGGGGCCGAGCUCGGACGACGAUGAGUCGGCGGAUGAUACGGCGAGUGACAACAAGAACGGGGCCUCGGCGUUUGUCGGCGGUUGGAUCGCGAGGGUAUUAUUGGGAGUUUGUCUGGCGAGUUUUGUCAUUAUUUCUUGAGGGACCGGCCAGUGUGGCACUGUG